AAGAUGAAGAUGGCGACGGCGAGGGCGACGGCGAUGCGAGGUCGGGCGUGGUGAGAAAGAGAGAGAGAGAGAGCGCCCAAAUCAACCUCCGGAUCCACCUCUCCCUGCCCGCCGGUAAGCCUCCGCCUCCCUGCCGUCGCCAUUUCUUCCCCCCACCCAAACCCUAGAUCCACCCUCCUCCCCCGAGAUCUCCUCGAUCCCCCACAUGGCCGACUCCUUCCUCGCCGACGACCAGACCGACGCCGACUUCUUCGACAAGCUCGUCGACGACGACGACGACCCCGCCCCUCCACCUCCUCCUCCUGUCCCCGCUCCUGCCUCCCACCACCAGCAGGACCCGCCCUUGCUUCCAGACGUUUCCUCCCUCAGCCUCGCCGACGACGAUGCGCAGUCUUCCCCUGCCGUCGAGGCCCCAACGGACUCAGGGAAGGCCGCCGUCCACCACACAACGGUCAAGCAGGUACAGUGGGCCUCGUUUGGAGGCGCUGCUGACGAUGGGGCUGAUCCCUUCAGUGAUCUCUCUGCAAGCGCCGGUGGUGAUGACGGCUUUCUUGGGAGCAUGCCUGGGAACCACAGCUCCGUCCUUGGGACCGUGGAGGCAUCCGAUCAAGGGAUCCUCGGUGCUACCCAGACCUUGGAUGCUCAGGUGACGGAUCAGGAUUUUUUCGGUGGCACCUCCAAUCAGAAUGCCGAUGUACAGCAGCAGCAGCAGCUGGAGCAGAGCGCAACUGGCGCGCUGGACUCCACAGAUCCCAAGUAUUUGGAAAGCAUUUAUCCUGGGUGGAAGUACGACGAGGUGACACAGCAGUGGUACCAAGUCGACAAUUCGGAUAUGCAUGGUAACGCCACCCAGGUUGACACCAGCACUGAGAAUGUCCAGCAGCAGUUGGCCGCUACUUACAUGCAUAACUCGACACAGUCAGCGCUAGAGACAAUUGCGGAGGAGGGCACCACCACAGGGGGUGUAUCCACCUGGGGACAGGGGGGCACCUCGGAGUACCCGCCCAACAUGGUAUUUUACGCUGAGUACCCAGGCUGGUACUUCGAUACCAACACACAGCAGUGGCAAUCGCUUGAGUCAUACCAGCAGGUUGGGACAGCUAACGCUGUUCAGGAUGGAGCAAACCAUGGUGUCCUUGCAUCUUCUGCUGACGCAAAUUAUAGCGUCAAACAGACCGUGGAUCUUCCUGCCCACAAUCAGGUGGCCCAACAUAACUCUUUCUCAAAUAGCUAUAGUUAUCAGAGCCAGUGGCAGACAGAUUCAUUCAGUAGCUCUAUGCAACCUGAAAGCGCAACGGCUAGUCUACCAAAUAGUUUUCAGGUCUCUGGUCAGCAUGCUAAUGCUGAAUCUUUCAAUUCCUCUGCAAAUAGUCAAGUUAGUUUUAACACUGCCAAUACCAUUACAAGCCAUUAUGGCAGUGUGAACUUAGAAUCGUCAAGUACUCAGGAUGAUUACAGCACAAUUGGUGGUCAACAAACCAGUUACAAGAGUUUCGAACCUCUCACAGGUCAUCAGACUGGUUACAAGGGGUUUGAACCUUCUACCGCCCAUCAGACAAGUUAUAAGUCAUUUGAACCAUCAGCAGUUAACCAAAGCAGUUACAAGCCAUUUGAACCUUCCAGCGAUCACCACCAGGGUGGUUACAAGGGCUUUGAGCCUUCCACAAAUCACCAGGGUGAUUACAAGGCAUUCGAGCCAUCCACACAUAACCAGGGUGGUUACAAGGGAUUCAGUCCUUCCACGGUUCAGCAGGCUGGUUACAAGGGAUUUGAAGCUUCUGCAGGCCAUCAAACUAAUUUCAAGGGAUUUGAACCUUACUCAGGUCAGCAGGCUGGUUACAUGGGGUCCCUGCCUGCUACAGGUCACCAGUCUAGUUACAUGGGGUUUGAGACUUCUUCAAACCAAGGUUAUGGUGAUGCCAACAAUGUAUCAAAUAAUCAAAGCUUUUCUCCAAUGGAGAGCAUGUACGGAAGCCAUAACCAAGCUCAGGCAAGCCCCCAAGUGCCUUUGUCAAACAGCUACCUCAGUACUGAUAACUCCAAGAACUUCUCUCAGCAACAAUUUCUUGGUCCAAAUGCUCCACACUUGCAAUUUGGGCAGUCCCUGCAUGAAGAGAGGUCAUCGGCUGGGCGUCCACCACAUGCUUUGGUUGCUUUUGGGUUUGGAGGGAAGCUUAUAAUUAUGAAAGAAAACAACUCAAUGGCCACAAACUAUGACACUGGAAAUCAGGGAAAUUCUAGUGGCAUGGUAUCAGUUCUUAAUUUAUCAGAGGUGGUCACGGACAAAGAUGAUGCUUUAAGUGCCAGUAACGGUAGUGCACUUAGUUACUUCCAUGCUUUAUGUCGUCAACCUGUUCCUGGCCCUCUUGUUGGGGGAAGCGCUGCAUCAAAGGAUGUGAACAAAUGGCUUGAUGACAUGAUUGCACUGUAUGAAUCAUCGACUAGUGAAUUCCAGAGAGGUGAUCCUCGCAAGUUGCUUAUUUCUUUGUUGAAGAUACUAUGCCACCACUAUGGGAAACUGCGUUCACCUUUUGCUUCUGACCCAACACAAGAGGAGGCGGAUGGUCCAGAAAUGGCAGUAACUAAGCUCUUUUCAUCUUGUAAGAGAAGUAGCAUUCAAAUGGGGGAUUUUGGAUCCCAUGUUCGUUGCAUGAAGAAUAUUCCCUCUGAAAAUCAGAUGCAGGCUGUUGCGCAAGAGGUCCAAAAUCUUCUAGUUUCUGGGAGAAGAAAAGAAGCCCUUCAGUGUGCCCAAGAAGGUCAAUUGUGGGGGCCUGCAAUCAUACUUGCUUUGCAACUUGGUGAUAAGUUUUAUGUCGAUACUGUGAAGAAAAUGGCCCACUGCCAUUUUCUAUCCGGAUCACCUUUGCGAACAUUGUGCCUUCUCAUUGCUGGACAACCUGCAGAUGUUUUUACUGCAGACGGCAACACUUAUAGCAACUAUGGUUCUCAACAGCCUAUGGAGCCUAGUCCUAAUGGCAUGUUGGAUGACUGGGAGGAGAAUUUGGCUAUCAUAACUGCAAAUAGGACAAAAGGUGAUGACCUAGUUAUUACCCAUCUUGGAGAUUGCCUUUGGAAAGAGAAAAAUGAGGUUGCAGCUGCGCAUUCAUGCUAUUUAGUUGCUGAGUUAAAUAUUGACUCAUACUCUGAAAGUGCAAGGUUAUGUCUCCUUGGCGCAGACCACCUGAAGUGCCCUCGAACUUUUGCCAGCCCUGAAGCCAUUCAGAGGACAGAGAUUUAUGAAUAUGCGAAGGUGCUUGGUAAUUCUCAGUAUAUCCUGCUACCCUUUCAGCCAUAUAAGCUGAUAUAUGCAUAUAUGCUUGCGGAAGUGGGAAGGGUUGCUGAUUCUUUGAGGUAUUGUCAAGCAUCUAUGAAGGUGCUGAAAGCCUCUGGCCGUGCCCCAGAAUUGGAAGCAUGGAAGCAAUUAUUUUCCAACCUGGAGGACAGGAUACGCACUCACCAGCAGGGUGGAUAUGGCACAAAUCUUGCCCCUGCAAAACUAGUUGGAAAGAUUUUCACCUCACUCGAUAAAUCUAUAUCGCGCAUGAUGGGUACACCUUCUGCUCCACUUCCACCAUUGCCACAGGGCACUGUUAGUGAUAAGGAGAGCUAUGCUGCACCUGCGGCUACAAAAUUUGCAAAUAGCCAAUCAGUAAUGACCAUGUCAUCGUUAAUGCCAUCUUCAUCAGUGCAGUCUAUGAAUGAGAUGGCAGAUAAUGGUGUUAAUGGCAGGAAGAUUGCACACAACAGAAGUGUUUCUGAACCGGACUUCGGCAGAACCCCGAAACAGGGUGCUGGAUCGGACAGUGCGCAGAGCAAUGCACCAGGAUCUGGUAGUUCUCGCUUUGGUUGGUUAGGCUCCACACUGCAGAAGACAAUGGGACUUGUUUCAAAAUCCCACCGGCAGGCCAAAUUAGGGCAACAAAACAAGUUUUACUAUGACGAAAAGCUGAAGCGAUGGGUGGAGGAAGGUGCUGAGAUUCCUGCCGAGGAGCCUCCUCUCCCUCCACCUCCAACAAAACCCUCAUUCCAGAAUGGUGUGGCAGAGUAUACAUUAAAUGGCCCCAUGAGUACAAGUCACACUCCUAAUGGAGUCACAGAUUGGAAAUCUUCAACUUCUUCAGAGCAUGGUUUGGGGAUGCCACCAAUUCCGCCUAGCCAGAACCAGUUUUCUGCCCGUGGACGAAUGGGUGUCCGGUCCAGAUAUGUGGACACGUUCAACAAGGGUGUAUCUGGAGGAGCGGUUCCAUCCUAUAACAAGCCGGCUGUUGCAUCUGUGACACCACCGAGUGGUGCCAAAUUCUUUAUGCCCACUGCCACCGUUGUCGCUGCAGAGCAGAUGCCUAACCAAGCAGCGGAGACACAUGGUGAAACCUUUCAUCCAGAUGAACGUUCAUCCUCACCCCCAGCUGAAACGUCAUUUUCUUCACCACCACCAGCAACACAAUUUUCAGCACCACCAAUGGUGCCUACCAUUCAGCGUUAUCCGAGCAUGGAUAAUAUCGCUACCCCCAACCAUGGAUCCGGGGUGUCAUCGGGAAGUAACAGCAGCUCAUUCUCAAGAUCAAGGGCAGCAUCAUGGAGUGGAACGUACUCUGAACAAAUUAAUGCUGUGGCAGGUGCUAGAUCACCUGACGGGCAGACCAUGCCAUCGCCCCUGAUGCCUGGCAAACCGUCACAUAGUCGGUCCAACAGCAACUCAUCUGUGCAGUUCAACAGUUUGACAGAGGAUCUUCAUGAGGUCGAGCUCUGAUGGUAUGACCCAUGAUUUCGCAGAAACAACCUUGGUAAAAACCUGAUCCUCUCUCUCAGCAAACCCCUAGGGAAGGGAGGGGAAAAGGAGAGGGAUUGUUUUACAGUAAAUGAAGGGAAUGCCACAAAUGAAAUGGACAUCCCGGAUCUUGCACAAGGUUGCGUGAUCUGGAGUCAAGUGAGGUGUGCCCCCCUGUACUCCUACAUAAUUGGGUUUUUUGAACAUUUUGUAGCUAUGUUGGUUAUGAUUUAGAGAGAAGGGAAAAGAGCUGGGUGUCCUUUUUUACAUGUGGGAAGCAGCAUGUGGACACCAUUGUACAGAUAAUCCACCCCAGCCCUUCCCCAUUAUUAUUCAUUGAAGACGCAAAGAAAUGGGAAUUUCACCCGCCAACCAUCCUUUUUGGUCAUUGUAUUAUCACAAUUUUUUUUACCCUUUUUUCAUAUUUUUUGGAGAAGGAUAGAAGAGAGAGAGAGAGAGAGAGCUCAUCUGUCUGAAUAUUCUAGUGUAAGAAAGAAAGCCUUGACUGCGUAGAGAGUGUUGUUAUACUGUACUGUUCCUAUACCGUGAUGAUGAUAUAUUUUAUUCUUUGGAGUCAGUGAAUCAAUACUCGAGUAAAAUCUUCGUCUUGCUUCACAUCGUGAAGAAAGAGCUGAUACCGUGUUUAUGGAUA